AUGUCUAACAUUUUAUUCGAUUCAAAAUGUGAUAUUCAUAGUGGUGGUUGUGGAGAUUUACAUGCUAGUAGUAAAAAUUAUUGUGGUAAUAAAUCAUGGGUGAAUUAUGAGCUAGGUGAUGAAGCAACCGGUGAACAUGAAUCAACAAAAUUCUCAAAUGAGUUUAUGGAGACCUUGAAGAAACAUCAAGAAUAUCCAAAUUAG